GCACUGGGGGCGUGGCUUCUGUUGUCAAGGACGACAGCAUCAACACACAUCGUGGUGACAACACACACACUCACAGAGAGAGGCAACAAAUCCGCCUGCAUGUCUCACUCGGUCAGUGGAUCAAUUCCUCUUCCAGCAGAUCCAGCUAGACAGCACCCGAAUCCAAAGUGACUCAAGAUCGGAUCAGUGCCUGUCAUUCCCAGAGAGAACCGCAGCAACUGGAUGAAGUACAGAAGGAGCUUUAAGAACGGGAGGAGGGACGCCGGUUAACAGAUUAAAGCCCCCCUCUCUCUUUCUUUCUCUCUCUCUCUCUCUCUCUCUCUCUCUCUCUCUCUUUCUCUCAACUCUAGGCACCGCAUGCUGUAAUCACAUUGCUUCUGUGUAAUUUUCUCCUCUAAAUUACUUGUUCUUCCUUUCGACACUGCUGUGGUUUUGGGAAAAAGGCAGAGCAUUCAGAAGGACUUUUGUGUCUCUUGUGUAUUCUCUUUCUCUAUCAGUCUCUCUGUCUUUCAAUGUAAGUGGAAGGUGGGUUUGGGGGGAGUGAUUUAGGGAGUGGGGAUAAACGUUGUGGCCAGCUGGAGAGAUGGGAAAAUCCAACAGCAAACUAAAGCCGGAGGUAGUGGAAGAGCUGUGCAGAAAGACCUACUUCACGGAGAAGGAAGUUCAGCAGUGGUAUAAGGGUUUCAUUAAAGACUGCCCCAGUGGUCAGUUGGACUCAGCUGGAUUUCAGAAGAUCUACAAGCAGUUCUUCCCCUUUGGCGAUCCCACCAAAUUUGCCACCUUUGUCUUCAACGUCUUUGAUGAGAACAAGGAUGGACGCAUUGAGUUCUCCGAGUUCAUUCAAGCUCUGUCUGUCACAUCCAGAGGGACAUUGGAUGAGAAACUUAGAUGGGCCUUUAAACUGUAUGAUCUCGAUAAUGAUGGCUACAUAACCCGAGAUGAGAUGCUGAACAUCGUGGAUGCCAUCUACCAGAUGGUGGGGAAUACAGUGGAACUUCCUGAGGAGGAAAACACGCCAGAGAAAAGAGUCGACCGCAUCUUUGCUAUGAUGGAUAAGAAUGCAGAUGGUUUGUUGACCCUCCAGGAGUUUCAGGAGGGCUCAAAGGCAGACCCCUCUAUUGUACAGGCACUCUCCCUUUACGAUGGCCUGGUUUAAGCCUACAGUAUCUCAAAGUGGCAUUUAGUAAUUACUACAAUUCAUUUAUGUCAUUCUGCUGGCACUGUGAGAGCAAAGCUGACCUGUCAUGUAGAAUCCUACAAACUCUCAGACCUGGACUACUGAAGUGAAUUGUUGGCGCUGUCUUGAGAGUGGAUCAGCUGUCAAUCACUCAUCUUCACUGUCAUUGGAAAACAGACAUCAGAUCAAGACAACGUGAACUCGUAAAGAACGCUAAUGAGAUCUAAUUUGAAAUGACUAAAAUAUAUUUAAGGACAUAUACACCAGUGUUAUUAAAUGUUUAACUGAAAUAUUCUGCAGUGAACAAUUUCCUUAUAUUGUUGUGGUCUUUGUCAUGAGUGAUAAGAUGGACCUCGCUGGAUUUUGGUCUGGCUUUCAUUACAUGAUGAACAAAGAUGAAGUAUUGCACCUGAAGUACUUUGGCAUUGGAGUCGUCAUUGAGCAAAAUGAUAUCUGGUUGUAUUUAUUUAUAUUACCUUACUACAUAUACCAACAUCAAUAAACAAAAAAAUAGGCCUUAUAAAACAUGCUUAUUUAAGAGAAUAAUAUAUGACUAUGAAAACCGCCUUGGCAGCCAUGUCUUUGAAACUGUAUUCAAAUGAGAGUGAGCCUGUAUCUGACAUGGCCCUGUUUUUUGGCUGAGCAUCUAUUGCUGCGCUCUCACUGUACACCAUGUGAAAUAGAAUGCUACUUUACUGAAGUAUUGUGCUAAAGUAUUGACCGUGCUGUUGUGAUUGUGUGGGCCUAUGUAUAAUGCAAUCAACACAUGCAAACACGUGCUUCUGGCAUAGAGCUAUUGUGUUGAACAUUUGAUUUGUGUGAAUGAAUGAAAUCACAUUAUACGGAUAGCAGCUCCAUUCAGCAGCAUCAAACAUGCACACAUCAGUUGAUGUUUUGAUUUCUGGUAAGAUUGACAGGGCAUGGUUAAAAUUACACUACUUUGAAUUAAAAAAAACUUUUUUAAGUGCUACAUUUCAUAGAUUGUUGUCGCUCAAGAUACAAUCUAUCCUAAUUUAUGAAAUUCACUGCUAUGUUUGUUUUAUUUUCAUACAGAUGUUGCAGUAGAUAAAAUAUUGUGCAUACAAUUCUACAGCACAUCAUGUAGUAAUGUACUGUAUUAUGUAAAUGUUAAUGAAGUCUUUUUAGAUAAAUAAAAGCAUUUUUAAUAAA